AGGAGGGUGACGGGAUCAUCACUAAGGGGGGAGGCAAAGGAACGAAACAAGACCUUUUUUGAACGGACACGGCUCUUGGUGGAAGGAGAAGUAGGGAAAAGAAGAAAUCGGACCAGGAGCAAUCGAAGGAAGCAGCACGACAAGAGAGAACGAGAAAAAAAAGGAUAAGAAGUCGCCCCCCUCCUCAACACCGACCACGAGAAAUUAGGAUAUAGACACCAAACCUCCACACCCUUUGGCCAAGGUAUUAUACCCAUCCAUCCAUCCAUAUCCAAUCCUCCCUGCCAUCCACACACAACUUCAAACGUCUGAACCUCGGCCAAAGCAAACAAAACAACAAAACAACAAAACAAUCACGUCAUACAAAAUGAAGUGGCAGGCGCUCGCCCUCUCCUUUUUGGCCACCACCGGCCUAGCAAGCCCCAUCUUCGGCCAGCCAGAAAUCUACACGCUGCGCCUCUCAUCACGAAACAAGGCGCUCGACGGGCAGUAUCUCGGCGUGAACGGGGCGCUGGUGGGCGUGUUCAAGGACUCGUCGGUGGUGCGCUUCAUCCCGGUGCCGAGCGGCAGCAGCAGCAACCUGGUCGAGCUGCACACAUACCCCGUGGGCAAGGAGGAGCGGGCGCUGGCGCUCGUGGGCAAGCAGGGGCUGCUCGACUUCUCCGACGUGGUCAACCCGGCCGCCAGCAACUUCCCCAAGGGCACCACGUGCGACUGGACGGCCUUCCGUCUGGGCUCGUCGACCGCCAAGAAGACUGUCGUCUACGCCGGCAAGGCCGGCGGCUGGGUCGCUUUCCCCACCGGGCCCGACGGGUCCGACUGGAGCGUCAAGUGGAAGGACUCCUCCGCCAUCACUAUCGAGAACUACAUGACCGUCGACGUCGUCUACGAGGCCGUUGACGCUACUAAGGUUGAGUUUGGCCCUAGCAGCUGAAGCACCCAACAGCAGACCGGUAGCUCAGUUGGUUUACAUACCUAGGAGGUGAUAGCUAGUUUAGAUAGAAAAGUUUCCCUGCGCCGCGGCUUGUUUAGUCCUUUUCAAAUACAUUUCCUUUCAUCAUUUUCCU